AUUCUUUAUGACCAGCAGUAGAGCCAACUUUCCAGUUGAUCAUCCAUCUGGUAUUGUUUUGGAAUAUUACCCAGUAUCAAUUAGAAGCUCUCUUAAUAUCAUACCGGGAGUUUUUCAUAGAGAAAUCUUGUGAGACCACUGCAUAAGCUGAGAUGAUUGUACAAAGAGUGGUGUUGAAUUCCCGACCUGGGAAAAAUGGCAAUCCAGUGGCAGAGAAUUUCCGAAUGGAAGAAGUCAGUUUGCCGGAUACUAUCAAGGAAGGACAAGUAAAAGUUAGAACUCUCUACCUUUCUGUGGAUCCCUACAUGCGUUGUAGAAUGAAUGAAGACACUGGUACUGAUUAUAUCACACCUUGGCAGUUGUCUCAAGUAGUUGAUGGUGGAGGUGUUGGAAUUAUAGAAGAAAGCAAACACAAAGAUUUGACGCAAGGUGAUUUUGUGACUUCUUUCUAUUGGCCCUGGCAAACCAAGGUUAUUCUGGAUGGAAAUAGCCUUGAAAAGGUAGUCCCACAGCUGGCAGAUGGACACCUUUCCUAUUUUCUUGGAGCUAUAGGUAUGCCCGGUUUAACUUCCUUGAUUGGAAUACAGGAAAAAGGUCAUAUAUCUGCUGGAUCUAAUCAGACCAUGGUUGUCAGUGGGGCUGCAGGAGCCUGUGGAUCUUUGGCUGGGCAGAUUGGUCACUUGCUGGGCUGUUCCAGAGUGGUGGGAAUUUGUGGAACACAAGAGAAAUGCCUCCUAUUGACCUCAGAACUGGGCUUCGAUGCUGCAAUUAAUUAUAAAAAUGGCAAUGUGUCAGAACAGCUCCGUGAAUUGUGUCCAGCUGGAGUGGAUGUGUACUUUGACAACGUUGGUGGUGACAUCAGUGACGCAGUGAUUAGUCAGAUGAAUCAGAACAGCCACAUCAUUCUGUGUGGGCAAAUCUCUCAGUACAACAAGGAUGUGCCGUACCCUCCCCCACUGCCCCCAGUGGUCGAGGCGAUCCAGAGGGAAAGAAACAUCACGAGGGAAAGGUUUCUGGUGUUGAAUUAUAAAGAUAAGUUUCAGCCGGGUAUUCUACAGCUGAGUCAAUGGUUUAAAGAAGGAAAGCUAAAGAUCAAAGAAACUGUGAUAAAUGGAUUGGAAAACAUGGGAGCUGCGUUCCAGUCCAUGAUGACAGGAGGCAACAUUGGAAAGCAGAUAGUUUGCGUUUCAGAAGAAAUCUCUUUGUAAUUUCUGUGUGUGUUCCUCAAGGAAAUCAUACAGAUUUAUUUCUAUUUUGCAUAGAGAUUCUUAAGUUGCGCCAAAAGCCUUAGAAAACAGAUAGCUCUUGAUUUCAGUGUGAUCACAGGUAAUCUUUUCUUAGUUGCAGAAUUCUCUCCUGUGUCUCCAAUGUCAUACGUACUGUGUAUCUAACAUGAUUACUUACAACAGAUUGACAUCAGUGAUAUAUUUUUCUUUUUUGGAUUAAAAAAUCCAUUUUUUGGGACAUACUUAAAACACUUGGAGAUUUGAUCCAACUGUUAAUAGAUCAUACACAGGAGGUUUUUAAAAAUCAGUAACCUUGACUAAUUUAAAAUGGAAUGCUUGAGGAGCAGUGAGUAAACAUUUGGUCAGUUGGAAAUGUUUUAGGCUGAAACUCAGCAAAGGAAUAGACUGGGGUGGCUUUUCCGUGUUGUCAGUGGGAAGGGACUUGUUCUGCUGCGUACCUCGGGAUUAGGGUGGAACAGGGAUAGGAGAGCAGAGACUUUGGGUUGGGAGUAAUAUGAGAAGAAAAAUUAUUGAGGUCAGUUAGGUUGAUGGAGAAAAGAGAUUUACUCCAGAGGAAGAUAUAUUUGUAUUUUGCCAGAUAAUUUUGGCAUAUAGCCUAAAAACUGAAUAUGUAAGAUAAAAACAUGUUUAUCUUAGGGUAGCAGGCAUAUAUGUCAAAUAGUUGUAAAGAUUUAGGGGCCAAAUAGAUACAGACAUCAUUUGGAGUUUUAGGUGAUGAAAAAGAUGAAGACAGCAGAGAGCUUCAGAAAAUGACAGGGCUGGGCAAAUUAACACAUGGUUGCAAAUGUGAAUGUUGAAGACUUUACCAGUGUGCUCCUACAGGUUUGUUUUAUUAAUUGUAAUCAACUCUUCAAGAACAGUAAAACUCAAGAUGUUUUCCUGA